AUGCUGAAGUGUUAUCAAGGCCGGCGGCGGAGACCGGCGUGUAUCAAGCAGGAUUCCGGGAUCGCGUGCGCGGACGACUGUCCCGACUGCUGCGACAACGAUCACGGUGGCCAGGACGGUUUAAGAAAAUCAGAAAGUGUGGAGAUUGAAGAACAAAUUUAUUACUGCAGAUGUCCCGAACGCAAAGAAAAACCAAAGUAUAUAUCAUUAAGUAGAACAGAUUCAGACGAUAAAGCGGAGCCCUCCGGGCCAGAACUCAUCUACUUCCUCAAAGAGACCCUCAACAAGAACGGGAGGGACCGAGUCACUCUGCUGCGAAUCGAGAAAGAACUGCACGCGCUCGUCAACGAUUCCAUGCGCUGCAUAGUCCGCUUCCCGGUGAUGUCGUCAUACGGCCGCAUGCUGGUGCACCGCUGCGCCGCGCUCUUCCAGCUGGCGCACCAUCCGGACCCCAUGAACAAGAACCAAGUGGUCGUGUCCAAGAGCGGUGCGUGUCUCUCUCUCUCUCCUACUAUCCCUCUCUCCCCUUGUCCCGGUGACGUCAUACGGCCGCAUGCUGGUGCACCGCUGCGCCGCGCUCUUCCAGCUGGCGCACCAUCCGGACCCCAUGAACAAGAACCAAGUGGUCGUGUCCAAGAGCGGCACGUGCGGCGGACGGAUCCCGUGCACCAGUUUCCGGCAGUGGUGCACCGUCGCCUUCCCGCCCAGCCCGCGACGACACCAGACCGUCACCGAUACCACCAACGCCAACACACUAUUGAUACGAAUCUAGGAAGGAAGCCACGAUAG